AUGGGUGAAUAUGAAAAAGAACAGGCGCGCUUAGAGAAGCUGAUGGAAGGAUGCUUGCAAUCGUGGGAUUCAGAAGAAGAAUUUGAUGAUGAAAGGAAAGAGGACGAAGAUAACAUAAGUGUGUUUAGUCAAGAUUCAGAUACAGAGCAAGAAAUUUCAGAUACAAAAAUAAAUUUGAAUCAAUCCUUCGAGCUGGCAGACACAAGUCCUUAUUUCAUCGGUAUGGACGUCACGAAAUCGAGAAAGCGCGUACCUCCAAGAAAUCGGCCAACUCGACAGUUUUGUGUAAACUGUAAGGCUUAUGUUUGUUUGGAACAUUCUAAAUAUUUGUGCAGUAACUGUCUGGAUAAGGGUUUUGACAAAUACGAAAGAACCAGCUUUGAUUUACUUUCAAGAUAUUUCAUAGUUAGCAUUUUCUUGUAA